CCGAGAGAUCAUCGCGCUGCGCGCACACGUUGCCGCAGUAAAAAGCAUCCAUAUACGACGAAACCGUUUGACGUCGGGGGAAAUGGGGUAUAGUUGUAAUAAAUUCUUUACAGCACCUUUUCGCCAACUCCCGUGUUGUGUACGUGCCUACGCAGCAUUUGCCUCUCUCUCCUCACGACAAUGGCGCUCUAACCGUGUGUGUGUGCAUGAUUUUAUUCGGUUUAUGGCUGCACAUCCAGUGCAUAGAUGCCUCAUUUCACGGAUGUUGAGUAGUUGGUGAUCAGUGUGUAAUUUUAUGGUCUUCCCAUCUAUUUUUCCUGGGAUAAGCAGCACGGGUGUCUGUUGAUUCGGAACACAUAUAUACGCCAUACAACCAUAUAGUUUCUUUUUAUUGGUGCUGCUAGAGCAAACAUGUCGUUGUCACACUGAGGACCGAUAUUGCUUCCGCCCAUUGUGCUCAGCCGCGUUUCCGUUCUGCCGUGCUGUACUGUGCCGGUCAACCAUUUACUGCGUGUUUUCGUGCCUUUCUGCACCGACUUUGCUGGACAUCAUGGGCAUUGUCAUAUGAUCGUAUUUUAUGGCAUAAACGAAUUGCUGCCUUUUGCCUUGUACAAUACGUCACUACAGCAAAGCGUUCACGUGGAAUAUUACAUCAUUAUUAUUAAGUUGAUCCCUAUUGGCUGGCAUCUUUUUUAUGUUUAACGUUUAACACCUGCUGGUAUGAGCAAAUGUAUCCUGCCGUGCAUAUUUUAAGUGGUGCAUAAUUCACUUUUCGGUUCUGCUCCCGUCCAAAUCAAACGUACAUAUAGUACCGAUCUACUACCAUCAGACUGUGUGUAUCAGUAAAAAGACGAUUGAACAAAUUAAUCGUGAUAUUAAUCUAAUCGAGCGACACUCGGCGUCGGUAAUCACAUCUUAAUCUGCUAAAUCCGUCACACGGACGAGCGGGAGGAAAAUGUCGUUCCGCCGAAAUUUCCCCUUUACACUCGGCUCGACAUCGGCGCGGCCGAAUCACGCCAAUGAAGACGAGAAUCACCUACCCUCCACCCCGACCCACAAAACCCAUUCCGCUUCCACCUCGGACCACCUAGGCUCACCCAUGAUCGCCCGCUCCCAGGCCGGGUCCAAACCCUGGCCCGGAGGCGGUAGCCACCAUCAUCCGUCCGGCAAUUUCUCCGUCUCCGAUUCACCGGCCACCCCCGAGACGUGGUUCCUUAAAAAGCAGCAAUAUGAACUCAUCAUCGAACAGCUACAGCAUGCCCUGCAGCUGAAGGACAUCGAACUGGAACAGGUCCGCAAGCAGCUGGACAAGGCACGCUCCGUGCUGUCGGUGACGAAUCCCUUUUCGCACAAUCGCCAGCUGACGAACAAGAUCGACGAAGAGGAUGUCACCGGGACACCUGAUAUGCCGCGGAAAAAACAGGGCAUAUCCGGGGAGAGUAGUAGUAAAUUCUCCCUGCGCAGCUCCCGCCGUCUCUCUGACCUUGAAGUAACCAAAGUUGAAAAGGACUUCCGGUCAAAGCACGUAAUUAAAGAAGCCCUCCGUGAAAAUGAUUUCCUGGCCAAUUUAGACUCUUCGCAAACCCGGGAAAUUAUAGAUUAUAUGUAUCCCCUUGAGAUAUCGGCAAAUUCCUACAUCAUCCAACAAGGCGACGAAGGAAACCACUUGUAUGUCCUGGCCGAGGGUGAAGUUGAAGUCAUAAAGGAUGACAAAACGUUGGGAAAAAUCACCUCCGGAAAAGCAUUCGGAGAAUUAGCAAUUUUGUACAACUGCACCAGAACGGCAUCGGUUCGGGCUAUCACGCAAGCCAAACUAUGGGUUCUGGAUCGAUCGGUGUUUCAAGUGAUUAUGAUGAGAAAUGGCCUGCAACGUCAAGAGGAAAUCGUGCGCUUUUUACGGAGUGUUCCAUACCUGAAAAAUCUGGAGGAAGACAAACUACGAAAAGUUGCGGACGCGUUGCAGGUGGAAUACUAUUCAGCUGGAAGUGACAUUAUCCGGGAAGGUGAAACGGGAGAUACGUUUUUCGUUUUAUAUUUUGGAGAAGUUCGAGUGACCCAAAAAUUACCGGGAAAGAGCGAACCGCUUACGGUGCGCAUGCUGGAGAAAGGUCGAUUUUUCGGGGAAAAAGCAUUACUUCAGGAAGAGAGACGGACUGCGACAAUUACCGCCAUUACCGAUGCGGAGUGUCUAACAUUAGACCGGGAGUCUUUUAUAGAAUUAAUCGGCGAUCUACGUGAAUUAAAGGAGCAUGAUUACGGGGAUGAGCAGCGGAAAGCCACCACACAGGAUCAGCCGGUUAGGCGUCAUCAUAAGCGUCAUGAUCGGAGUGCACGCGGCUAUCCCAGUGCACCGCCCAGUGAAUAUGCGCAUAUCCAGAUGACCGACCUGGACAUUCUGGGUACACUGGGUCAGGGCGGUUUCGGUCGGGUGGUGCUCGUCCAGCUCAAGGCGGACCGUCAAAGAACAUUUGCUCUCAAGUGUAUGAAAAAGAUUCAUAUUGUCAAACAACGCCAGCAGGAACAUGUCCUGUCCGAGAAGAAUAUCACGCUCAAGCUCAGCUCGCCUUUCAUAUGCCGAAUGUACAAUACAUACAAGGAUCGCAAAUAUCUGUAUAUGCUCAUGGAGGUUUGUUUGGGAGGGGAACUGUGGACAAUUUUACGUGACCGAAAUUAUUUCGAUGAUUACACCGUGCGGUUUUAUACGGGAUGCGCCGUAUUGGCACUGGAGUAUCUCCACGAGCGCUGCAUUAUUUAUCGUGACCUUAAGCCGGAAAAUGUCCUUCUGGAUGUUAAUGGAUACGCCAAAAUUGCCGAUUUCGGGUUUGCAAAGGAUAUUGAGGCUUCCAGGAAAACAUGGACUUUUUGCGGGACCCCUCAGUAUAUUGCUCCAGAAAUAAUCCUGAAUAAAGGUCACGAUCAUGCCGUCGACUUCUGGGCACUGGGAAUUUUUAUGUUCGAAUUAUCCACCGGAAAUCCGCCUUUUGAUUACAACGGCGACCAACUGCAAGUGUACAACAAUAUUCUGCGAGGAUUGUCGGUCAUCGAAUUUCCGCGUCGAAUCAGCCGUAAUUCGCAGUCAUUAAUGAAGCGUUUAUGUAAAGCCAAUCCAGUGGAACGACUGGGAUACCAAAAAAACGGCAUCAGCGACAUCAAACGGCACAAAUUCUUUCAAGGAUUCGACUGGACGGGCUUGGCCAAUCGGAGCCUGGAGCCACCAAUCAAACCCAACGUUUCCGGUCCAACUGACACGGCGAAUUUCGAUCAAGAUUUUCCCCUGAAACAUGUGCCGCCCGAUGAGGUCAGCGGCUGGGACGAAGCCUUUUAAACUUUCGGCGUCCAUGAUCAGUGUCCAAUGCGAUGUUUGUAAUAGAUAUUUUUGAGCUAUAGUACCAACAAUACGCUGCAAUAUCCGCAUGCACAACCAUUUUUUUCUCGGUGAUAGAAAACUGGAAGAAGACCAAAAAAUUCAUUCUUCAGUUUUUUGUUAUUACAAGGGUAACAAAUGUACUAGUACCGAGUGAACAGAAUCGCUGUAUUUUUUAACAUUUCCAUUGGAUUUCCUUCGU